CUGUACCCCCCGCACAGGAGGAUGAGGUGUGUACACCCGUGUUCGUGUGGCCUGAGUCUCAGUGCUUAUGUUAAACUCACAAGGCUGGAACCCGCCUUAAUUCUCUUGCUGUACGAGGUGACCUUUUGGUUUAAGAAAUUGUUCCAGAAUAUCCGGUUAUCUGAAUUUCAGUUUUAAAAGGAGUUUUGUCUCGCAGGCGGGACCACAGUGUUUUCAACUACUGAAUGUCACCCUGCACACAUCUUGCAUACACCCGCAUGUCAGGAAGAGGAAACAUCUAGAAUCCUCCGUUUCAGGGGCGGAGCCUGCAGGAGGCCUUUCUGGGCGGUUCCCCCUCCUGCCCUCUGCUGUGCUUGGACUUAGUCUCUCAUGGUGGCCUUUACUUCCCUCUGCUGCCGGGAGGGUCAAGCCGUACACUGUCAUUGCUGCCCUGGAAGCAGGAUGAAGAUAGAUCCCUGAAGGAGCAGCGUGCUCACCUGGCAGACCAGGAGGCUGAUCCAGAAGGGGGAAGGGAUGUGCCCAGAGCUGGCUGGUGAUGGGCCUAGAGUUAGUCUUCGGGGUUCUUGCUACAUUUGAAUAAACAUCAUUUCUCUUGAGUUGUGUUCUCAAAGAGCUACAUUUUUAUGCUCCACACACGAGUCGUCCUGUGGCCUCAGCAUCUGCACAAGUUCCUAAAGCACGGCGUCAGACAGUGCCGUGAGCCCGGAGAGGCAUCCUGCGGAGAUGUUACAGCCUCGCGUAGCCAGAAGCCAGCUCCCGGGACCCCUCGACGCUCUGGUCCACAUUUGAAGGGAGGAGCGGCCACCGUCCCCCUCAGAGAAGGCCAGGAGUUCCAACGGUGUGGACACGCCCAGGGACAGUGUGACACGAGUCGUCUCUCCUGCAGAGAGGCAGGGAGGCGGCAGCAUCGCUGUCACUGGAGGGGGGAUCAGAGGAGGAACUGUGGCUCGUGGUGGCCCAGGAUCAGUGGAACGGGACAGGCCGGUGAGGGAGCAGAGCACAGGGGGAGGAGAGGCAAGGAGUCCGCCAGGACCCCCUCCCACGUGUGUCCUCCCCAGCCCCUGGGGACAAGCCACUGCCCCCCAUGGCCUCCAAGCAGGCCGCUGGGCGGAGCCCAGGGGAGAAGCGCAAGAGGGUGGUGCUGACCCUGAAAGAGAAGAUUGACAUCUGCACGCGCCUGGAAAAGGGGGAGAGCAGGAAGGUGCUGAUGCAGGAGUACAACGUGGGCAUGUCCACCCUGUACGACAUCAAGGCCCACAAGGCGCAGCUGCUGCGCUUCUUUGCCAACUCAGACUCCAACAAGGCCCUGGAGCAGCGUCGCACCCUGCACACGCCCAAGCUCGAGCACCUGGACCGGGUCCUGUACCAGUGGUUCCUGGGGAAGCGGGCCGAGGGCGUGCCCGUCUCAGGCCCCAUGCUCAUUGAGAAGGCCAAGGACUUCUAUGAACAGAUGCAGUUAACGGAGCCCUGCGUGUUUUCUGGCGGGUGGCUCUGGCGUUUUAAGGCCAGGCACGGCAUUAAGAAGCUGGACGCGUCCAGCGAGAAACAAGUGGCCGACCACCGAGCAGCCGAGCAGUUCUGUGGCUUUUUCCGGAGCCUCACGGCCGAGCACGGCCUGUCCCCUGAGCAGGUUUACAACGCCGAUGAGACCGGCCUUUUCUGGCGGUGCCUGCCCAAUCCCAGCCUGGAAGGUGGGACAGUGCCCGGCAUCAAGCAGAGCAAGGAUAGGCUGACUGUCCUCAUGUGUGCCAAUGCCACCGGCUCCCACAAGAUCAAGCCCUUGGUGAUUGGGAAAGGCGGCGGCCCCCGGGCCUUUGGGGGCAUUCAGCACCUGCCUGUUGCCUACAAAGCCCAAGGUAACGCGUGGGUGGACAAGGAGAUUUUUUCGGACUGGUUCCAUCAUAUCUUCGUUCCGUCGGUGGUGGAGCACUUCCGGGCAGCGGGUCUGCCCGAGGACAGCAAAGCCAUUCUGCUGCUGGACAACGCCCGCGCCCGCCCGCGGGAGUCCGAGCUGGCCUCCGGUAACAUCUUCACCGUCUUCCUGCCCGCCACCGUCACCUCGUUGAUUCAGCCCAUGGACCAGGGCAUUCGGAGAGAUUUCAUGAGGCACUUCAUCAACCCCCCCGUCCCACUGCAGGCCUGCCACCCCCGCUACAGCAUGAACGACGCUGUCUUCAACGUGGCCUGCGCCUGGAGUGCCGUGCCCCGUGACGUCUUCAGCCGGGCCUGGAGGAAGCUGUGGCCCGCGGUCACGUUCGCCGAGGGCUCGUCUUCGGAGGAGGAGCCGGAGCGCCUCCGAGCGAAGCCUCACGAUCAGACUUUUGCACACAUCCUGGAGCUGGGAAGAGAGGCCCCGGCCCGCCCUGGCAGCCGGCUUCCCCGGGGCACGGCUGCAGAGCAGGGCGGGCUGGGUCGUGUGGCUGGAGAGGGCCUGGCCCCGGCUGCCGGGAGCCCGGAGCAGGCCGAGAAGGACGGUGACGAGGCGGCCUGGGAGCAGGCGGCCUUGUCCUUUGACGCCGUGGUGCGCUUCGCUGAGGGACAGUCCUGCUUCACGGCGCAGGAGGUGGGGCAGCUGCGUGCGCUGCGCUCGGUGUUUGCCAGGCAGAGGCAGGUGAAGCGGCGGCGUGUGGCCCUCAGGGCCAUGGUCAAACUCGAGGCCCCCCAGGAGGCCCCCCCUCUGCCCUGCUCCUCCACGGCGGGCGAGCACUGACGUCGGCGCAUCCCUCACCUGCGGGCCGGAGCUUGUCCGGGAGGUCGGGAUGCCUGGUGUGGGCUCUCGGCCGCUCGGGAUGGCCCAUCCCCGCGCGUCUGGUUCAUCGCGGGCUUACCAUGUUUUCCGUCCUGGCACGUCAGUGUGAGCAGCCGCUCCGGAAGGGUCCCGUGCACCCGAAGCCGAGCGGAGCGUCCCGUGGCCAGAAGCCAGGACCGUGCCAGGCAGAUUCUGGCCUCGUGUUUGCCAGCUGAGCCCUGCUGUGUGUGUGGGUGGAGAUGUCUGUCCAUCCAGGAGGAGCAAAGCCGGCCCUUGGGCCAACUGAUGGCAGUACCUGCAGCCACUUGCCAGGGCUAGUGUUUCCCUGGGCCCACCUGCCUUCCCCUUGGGGCGUGGUCUGUGGUGUGGCGCCGUCCCUGAGUCAGGUGGGCGCUCCUGUCUGUGGCUUUAUAGGUGGCGGGUCGUCACUUCAGCCAUGAACUCAUUUAGCUGCGCCAGCCUCCUGCAAGUUCCUCCGUGUUGCCAGGAGGUCUCACCCCUUGGGCUGGGACCCCAGGGCGUGGGGGCCGCACAUCGGGUUGGCACGGCAGAGUCGCUUCCCCUAACGCAAGCAGGACUGUCUGCCCAGGCCUCCCGUUGCCCCGAGGGGGCCCUGGCGCACUGUGGGCAUGUCCAGCGUCCUGGUGCCGAAUCUACUCCGUUGUCCGAGCCCCCGUUGUGCAGGAGUUCGUGCUGAUCGCCUGCAUGUCACUGAAUUUGCUGAGGCGUUCAGAAAUGUGUCUUAGGCGUGCACUCGUGACCCUGCGUAAGAUGAGCUGUUUGGAUUUCCAGCUGUGUUUGAACUUCGGCGUUGGCUGUUCAUGCCUCAGUACCCCGUGCGGGGAAGAGCCGGCUGCACGGCUUGGUUGUGGGAAGAUUGUGGCUCCCUGCUGCCCGUAGCCUGGACUGGCCCCCGGGGACAGCGGCACACCCUCCUUGCGCGCAUAUGGGGGGCUGUGACCUUCUGUCUUUCACCUCUGCGCCCUGGCAUUCCGGCCUGGCCGUUCGGCCAGCUCGUGGUUCUCAGGCCGCCCCCCGCCCCCGCGACGUUUGGUUCACUGUCCACUCCUCUGCUGUGUGUGCAUCUUCCCAAGCAUAAGGCGACGGUUGUUGCUGCCACAGUGUCACCCUGUGGACGUGCGUGCUUCCUGCUUCAAAUGCAGGGCUGAAGGUUGUGAACCGAGCAAGGCCAUUUUUCAGAGCGUCGUUGUAGAGCCUUCAGGCCAAAUUGCCUCAGGGCUGUGCUGCCGUUGCGCCCUUUUCUUCCUGUGCCCAGGGUGACAUCUGUGCAUCCGUGUGGUUGGCUGCCAGUUCGGACUCAUGUGGCCCUGUGGUGUUGAAUUGCAGCUGCUUGCGGUGUCACGGGACGUGAGGUGUCAGGGGUCCCUGGAGCGCCUGUCCUCAUGUCGGUGUAGGUGGUGGCGGCCCGGAGAGGCGGCCGGAUGCUGAGGAGCUCCCCCGUGCUUCUCGAACAGUGGGACUUCACUGGCUGGGUGCAGCCAGGGGAGGGGCAGGACACGUGGGGCUCCUGGGUCCCCUGUGGAGGCUUUGUCCCAUCAGACUGUAGACCCCAGGCCAUGGAUUCGUGACCUGCCCCUGUCCUGGCUGUUCUGUGGCCGGUCAGUAAAUGCUUGUCAUCGGA